AUGGCGCUGCUCUCGCUUGUUCUUUCCUUGCUCGCUGCCACAGCAAUCUUAGCAGCCGACCCCGAUCCUGUGCAAGAUUUCUGUGUCGCCGACCUGGAUUCCUCCACCAGUGUCAAUGGAGCAGCCUGCUUGACAACAGCAUCAGCGCGCGAGGACAACUUUACCUCCACUGUUCUUCGCAACGUCCAGCCAGUGAGUACUCCAGGAGGAUUUGUGGCAUCCCGAGUCACAGUACCGCAGCUUCCAGCUCUCAACACCCAGGGUUUGUCUGUGAAUCGUGUAGAUCUCGGCCCCGGAGGAGUAAACACACCCCACGUCCAUCCGCGAGCCACCGAGCUCAUCUACAUCAUGGAGGGAACCGUCCAGGCCGGCUUUGUGGACACCACCAACAAGCUCUUCCUCAAGACGCUCCAGAAGGGCGAUCUCUUUGUUGUCCCUCGAGGCCUCGUCCACUUCCAGUGGAAUGUUGGAGCCACUCCUGCAACAAUUUUCGCCACGUUUAACAGCCAGAAUCCAGGAGUGGAGCGCUUGGAGAUUACUCUGUUUGGUUCUGGGAUCCCAGAUGCCGUGCUCGCUGCAUCUUUCAGGCUCAAUCAGUCCGUCAUUAACGAGCUCAAGCACAGCUUUACUCCCUGA